UGGUAAAUGAUAACCAUAUUAUUAUUCAAUUUAAUAAAAUGCUUAUCAUUUACAGGCACUGCGGACGCUCCUAUUAUGAUUGAUGAAAAUAUUGGGACGGAGAUGUGCGGCGAUAAAGGAGGAGAGGAAAAGGAGUUGAAAAUUUCGCAAGAAGGUUCGGCAUUGGACGGUAAAUAUUAAAUAUUUUCUAAUAAAA